CAGCGCUCGCGCCUCGCUUUCGCGAGCCCUGGGCAGCACAGCUAGAACGUCGCCGGGAGGUGCAACACGGGCGCCUAGGUCAAGAUAGGCUGCUAACCGCGUCGCCUUCUCCCCGACAGAUUUCAGCCAGCUGUUGCCCCUAAGAGCCAGCAAUGACGUUUGUUGAAAGGUGGUGGCUCACAGACUACACAGCAGAAAUAUAUGUGUACUUGCGCCAGCGGGAGCGGCGACGGAUGACCUACAAAUGUCAGUCACCUCAGCUCCGCUACCGGAGAUCACUUGUGACCUUCAUCAGUGACAUCUGCGGCCGCAUGGACUUCUGUGUCCUGGUCAAGCAUCUCUCUGUGCACCUUUUGGAUUUCUACAUGGAUAGCCACAAUGUUGGCGCAGAGCAGCUACAGCUUCUUGCUUUGGGCUGUAUUGUAGUUGCAGCCAAAGCCGAAGAAAAGGACUGUCGCAAUCCUCACAUCAGUGAGAUCAGCAAGCUAAUGGGAAAUACCUACAGCCCAAGGGACAUUGGACAAGUCGAGCGGGCCGUGCUGGAUUUCUUUCAGUGGGAGGUGCAUCAUCCGACAGUGGCCCACUUCUUGGACUACUUUGCAGUCUUUGCAAUAUUUCCCACAGAUGUACCAUUUCAUGCUAGAAUGUCAGAAGAGGUGGAAGAUCUUCGUAUUUCUAUGAGGCAUUACCUGAACUACUUUCUUGAAGCAUCUCUCAAGGACUACAGCUUCAUCCAGAUGCCUGCUUCCAUGGUGGCCGCUGCAUGUAUUGUGUGCUCUCGCGCCUGCCUCUGCCUCACUCCAAUUUGGUCGCUGACACUGGAGAAAGUCAGCGACUACACCCUGGAGCAACUUGCUAUUUGCACCAACCACUUGCUGACGGCAAAGGACAGAGACGAUGCUGAAAGUGGUGCUCCAACAGAAAGGCCAGAAGAGGCCAGUGACGACUUGGAUGCCGUAGGCUUUCCAUACCACAAUGGCAUUCUGGCUGCAGAGGAUGCAGAAUCUAGACGUGAAGACCACAGGGCAGCCCAGUGGCCUCUUCAUAGCAGCCAGUACGAGCUCUGAAGCCCACAGAGCAGCUCAACAGCUACCUCAUCGCAGCCAGCACGAAUUCUGCCCGUACACAGUCAUUUCUGUCUGUAUGCAUUAAAGUGCUUACAACCAA